CACACCAUGAAAUAAUGAAAAUACAAAGAUAAACCAUGAUUGAACUACCACAAAUAACCUCUAUAUAAACCAUCCAAACCUUCACUUCUCCUCACACAAAGAUUGGAAAAAAUAACUAAACAUCCCAACUAGAGGCAGCAUCAUGAGUCUUUCUCUCACUCUUCUCUCCAUCUUUCUCCUCAUGUUGGUCAUGGUGGAGUUGAGGUCGGCCUCUGGGGAUGACCCCAACUUCAUCAGAGCCUCCUGUCAUCGCACCCUCUACCAAGCUUUGUGUUUCACCUCCCUAUCUCCUUAUGCUGCCACCAUCCAAUCGAGUCAUAGGCAAAUGGCGCACGCUGCUCUCUCUGUAGGUGUAGGGAAAGCACAGUCAUCCUCGGCGGCUAUGUCAAAUAUGAUGGUGGGUUUGAGCAAGGAUACGAGUAAGAGGGCAGCCGUGGGGGCAGUGAGAGACUGCAUGGAGAACAUGGCAAACUCCAUCGACGAGCUCCAACAGGCAAUCGCUGAGGAUGAGCAUCUGCCGAGCAACAGUAGGGCUACCGACUUUGGAGAGAAGAUGAGCAAUAUCCAGACAUGGGUGAGUGCUGCACUGACUGAGGAUGAUACAUGUAUGGACGGAUUCAGGGGAAUAGCCAUGGAUGUCGAUCUCAUGGCUCAGAUGCGGAUAAGUGUUUUAGGGGUCGCUCAUUUGACCAGCAACGCCUUAGCUCUCAUCAAUGCCCUCAACGAAACCCCUUGAACACUCUCUCCCUCCUUGGAAUGAUAACUUAUGGUUCUCAGAGAAAGGCAAUAUAGUCCAUAGUUUUCGUGGAUUAAGAGCCACUUGUUAUGUAUUAUACUAUUGAAGUGUAUAUGAUUUCCAAUUUCUUGGGAUUAAGAGCCCUGUGUACUACAGUACUAAAGGGUAUAUGAAUUAGAAGUUAUUGGGUAAUUUCAUUGACUA